AAGUGAUCACUUGGGCUGAACAUCUCUGGUUAGCCUAUGCAACAUUCAGCUGGACAAUUUCAGAUCAUAACCUUCUUCCCCCAUCUUUGACAGGAUACAGACGGCAGCAGCAAAACAUGAAUCUCACCUUAGAAAGGCAGAAUCUGACAUGUAAUUACAAAGCUGGUUCGCUGGAGAAGAGUGUCCUUCCUGUACUGUACUCUUGCAUUGUUUGCAUUGGAUCGCCAGCUAAUUGCCUCGCCUUGUUGAUAUUUACAAGGCAAUCUGUGAAGAAACAUGGAAUCCUUGUCUAUCUGGUGAACCUGUCAGUGGCUGAUCUGAUCAACUGCCUGGUCCUUCCAUUCAGAAUAGUUCUGCUUAUUAGAGGUGACGUCUUGGCAGAAAACUCUGGGACAUGUAUGGUUGUAACUGCAAUCAUUAACUUGGGUUUCUAUUCUACACUGGCGUGCAGGACAUUAUGCAUUAUCCUCAUAAGCAUUGGCAGGUAUGUAAUGAUUGUGAAACACCACAGUAACAAACUGAGUGCAUUUAAUGAUGCAACUUAUGCAAAAUACGCUUGUGUUGUGUCCUGGACUCUAGGAAUUCUAAUUGUAUCAAUACCUUUAAUUCAUAUGUUAAAACAAAUGAGUACAUCUGAAUUUAUGUGCUACAGUGUCAAGGUUUACAAAGGCACACAGGGCACUUCCAUUUUGUUUGUAUUCAUUUCAACAGUGUUCUUUAUUUUUUUAAUGAUCUUUAUUGUCUUUUAUAUCUUUAUCAUAAUGCAUCUGAUCAAAGUGAGCAGAAGCAGUACAGUUCAACAAAACCAGGGUCUUCACAUUCGUACACAGUUCAUCAUUUUUGCUGCAGUAGCUACUUUCAUUGCUUGUCAUUUGCCAUAUUACAGCUAUCAAAUCACAUCAAGCAUUUAUCGAAUUACGCACAAUGACUGCCAACACCUCGAGCAACUGCAAAAGGCAAAGGUUGUAUUACUGUGGCUAGUUUCAUUCAACAGUUGUUUAGAUCCUAUUCUAUACUAUAUCAUUCCCAAACGAUCUUCAAGAGUUAGAUUCAAUACAGAGCAACAAAGCAUUACAGAAAAAUCUCCAGAAAUGGAAGCUGCAAGUUAUCGUAAGAAUUUUGUGAUACAUGGCAAUAUUUAUCAAAAUACUUAGUUCUUAAAAUGAAAGCAUUAUAAUGAUUAUACUCCACAAUUUAUGUCAUUAUUUUGGCAUUUGCAGUACUUUUAGAUAAAUUGAUUAUCUGGUUUGGAUUUUACAAUGUUCAAUGGAGCAGGAUGAGGUAAAACUUCAGAACUAUUCGUCCUGCCAACCAGACAACCUGCAGUAAUGAACUUGAUCUUGGAGCCACAGUUGCAGCCCUGGUUGAGGACUGCACAGGUUCUUGCAGUUCCUGUUCCCUUCCUCUACGUUCAGUAACCUGCUCAGUUACGGGCAUUCUAUUAUGAGAGCGAUAAAAUAGGUUUUGCAGGAAGUGAGCUACAUUUUAUUUUAAUCUAUGCUGACCGCAAUGAAACAACCUUGAAUGCUUCCACUGCUGUCGUGGUGCUUUCACAAUUGUUGAGGUUUCUUUUUUACCUGAAACCUGUGGAAGAUCGAGACAGGCUUAUUGCCCAAGGCUUCGACCAGAGCUUUUUAUCUUCAGAACUGAGCCAUUUCCAAUCAAUGCAAAAUCCUGUCAAGUAAGAUUUGAUGCAGGCUGUGGUUUUAGUUACGUGAAUGCUACUUACAAGAGCUAACUGAUCUUUGUUAAAGAUCAAUUUUUUCCUACAGCUAUGAGUAAAAGUUGGAACCCUUUUCAAAAGGUGCCCACUCCUAUGUUUGGAUUGCUUCUCCUGUGGAUCCUUCAUGUUAUUUGUUCUCAUGAUUUUCUAACCGUAAAUAUAUGCAUGGCGGCAAAAGAUUUACGAGAGAGUGUACCUGUGUCGAAGGUUGAUAAUCUUUUUAUUAUCAUGUGUGUUAGCAAAAUCUUUUUGUAAAUUUGCCAAAAAAAUCCCACAUAAAUUCCAAGCCACAGCAAUGCAUUGAGUUGAUGCUUUGAGCUCAGGACAGGAUAUUCAUGAGAAAUUGUUUUACUGAUGGUUACAGAAGCAGUUUAGCCUCUGCCUGAUCUCAGUGCGUGUCACAUACACUUCUGUCUUAGCUUGCUUUGGACUGUGUAAUAAAGCACCUUUCACAACCUGAUGGCAUCCCAAAGAACUUUACACUCAUUUGUCAUUUAAUAAAUAUAGCAUUUUACUGCAGCCAUGUAGUAAUGAUCUUGUUUUAUUUGAUGAUGAAUAAAGAAUGUCAUACCAAUGAAGUUCAUUUCUUAUGAUUUCAAUGAUAUAUC